CGCGAUAGCAGCUCGCUGAAGCCGCCGCCAUAUUCUGUGACAGUAUUUUGAUUCGUAUCUGCUGGAAGUGAGGAAAAAGAGAAAAGUGAAGGGCUGCAGAGGGGAGGGGGGGCUGUCACUAAGUUAUCCAGGAGUCUGUGUCAAACAGCGGAGGGCCGCGGCUCGGUUCGCCUCCGCUUCUAGCUGCUUCGAGAACACGGGCCCCGGGGCCUCGGUGCUGCGGCGCUCCGGACCCCUAACGGCUUCUCCCCUCCAAGCUCCGCGGCCCUUCGGAGGUCCGGCGGCGGUUACAGACGGCCCGGGAAGCGGCGGAGGAGACUGGGAGUCCAGACGUUCAGAAUGAAGUUGGGUCUGUGCCACAACUGAUGCUCCCGUCUGCUGAACUCAACGAUCGAUCCUGACCUGGUAGCAUACGAAUGGCCCAGGGAAGCCAGCAGAUUAACAUUCAGGUUUUGCACGAGCUGCGCCAGAAGUUCCCAGAAGUCCCAGAAGUUGUCGUCUCUCAGUGCGUUUUGGAGUGCAACAACAACCUAGACGCUUGUUGUAAGUACUUGUCCCAGGUCAGUCCAGGCUACCUUUACAGCGACGGAGGCAAUCUGAGCUUUUCCGACGACCCCAGCUUGGCUCAGCUCCGGAAGCACAUGACCCAGCUGAACCUGGGCCUGCAGUCUCAGAAUGUGCAUGCGGCCCCGGUUCAGGACGGCCUGAGAAUGAACGGCAGCAGGACUCUGUCCCACAGCAUGAGUGACGGGCCCCUCCAGACAGGACAGGCCCCCAGCAGUGACUUUUUUCAGCACGAGUCCAAGUCAGCCCCGGUGCAGGUACCCCCCACUCUCAAUGUUUUCAACGUGAUGGAGCCCAGCCGUAAGCCGCAGCCUCCGCAGAACCUAGCGCUCUACACUCUAGGACCCAAGGGUCAUGGCGGGGGUCCGCAGCAGACCCCGCGCUUCAACCCCAUCACAGUGACGCUGGCCCCGAAUCCCCAGACCGGCCGCAACACCCCAACUUCUUUGCACAUACACAGCGGGCCCCAGUCGGGCCUGGGGAGCCCGCAGGGCAACUCCAUCUUCAUCCGGCCGUAUGUAAGCCAGUCCAGCUCGGGGCGGCAGAGCCAGCAGGCGGGGGGGAGGGCCCAGUACAGCCCCACCUCUCAGCCCCAGCAGCAGAUCUACCAGUUCUCCCAUUCCUCCCCCCUCCCCAGCUCGCGCCCUGUCCCCCAGCACUCCUCCUCACAUACCUCAAGGACCUCUCACGUCUACAUGCCCAUCAGCUCCCCCACUAACCCCCAGGCGCCUGCCAUCCCCUCCAGUGGAAGCAUGGCGUCGUCGUCUAGCAUCCCCUCCUGUCCCUCUUCGUCCUCCUCCUCUUCCUCAGUCAUGCCCUCCUCCCAGUCGACCGUCAGCCAGUACAACAUCCAGAACUUCUCCACCGCCCCUCGGAAGAAUCAGAUCGAGAUCAAACUUGAAUCUCCUCAAAGGAGCAAUUCCAGCACCGCUGUGAGGCGGCCGAGCAGCGGGCACUGGUCAUCUUCCUCCUCCUCCUCCUCCUGUCCUCCUUCAUCUUCCUCUUCAACUGGAGCGGCUACUGUCACCAGCACCCCUCUGUCCAUCGGAGGGCCGGGCUCCUGCCGCAACCAGCCAACUGUUUACAUCUCUGCCAGCCCCCCCACUGCUGCUACCGCCCCCUCUGAGGAGGUCAUGAUGCCGCCGCCGGGCUCCCGCUCCCAGCCCAAGUUUUACAUUUCUGCCAGCGACGAGGGCGGAGCCAGAAACCCUCCUACAGUCUACAUCUCAGCUAACCCUCAGAUACAGGGGCCCUCUGGCGCCAGGAACAUCGGGGGGCAAGUGAGCAUGGGCCCCGCCUACAUUCACCACCACCCGCCUAAGAGUCGCCCCUCUGUGGGAGGCGGAGGCCCCGCCUCUUCGCCUCGUGUUGUAGUGACUCAACCCAACACCAAAUAUACCUUUAAAAUCACUGUGUCUCCCAACAAACCCCCGGCUGUGUCCCCUGGAGUCGUGUCCCCGACCUUUGAGCCCAACAACCUCCUCAGCCUGCCGUCGGACCACCACUUCCCCGAGCCGGAGCCGCUGCAUCUGUCCGAUUCCGACCCGCUGUCGCCGCACAGAGAGCGGCCCAGCGAGCCUCGCAGGCUCAGUAUGGGUUCUGACGACGCGGCGUACACACAGGCGUUGUUGGUUCACCAGAAGGCUCGAAUGGAGAGACUUUGGCAUGAGUUGGAAAUGAAGAAGAAGAAGCUGGAGAAGCUAAAAGAGGAAGUCAAUGAAAUGGAGAAUGACCUGACCAGGAGAAGGCUGGAGAGGUCCAACUCAGCCUCCCAGAUUCCUUCUAUUGAUGAAAUGAAGAAUCUGCGAUGCAAAAAUAGGACUCUGCAGAUUGACAUUGACUGCCUCAGCAAAGAAAUUGAUCUCAUCCAGACAAAUGGUAGGAACCAGUUUCUUCUGUCACUCCUCUAAUUUUCACUAUUUAGUCUUUGAUAUUU